AUGAGUGACCCUAUGUAUAACAAAUUAUUCACUGCUAAUACAAGCCACAUAAUGCGUACAGGAGAGAAACCAUUCACUUGUACAGAGUGUAAAAAGGGUUUCACACUAAAGAGAGGUCUUGCACGUCACAUAAGGAGUCAUAAAGAGGAGAAAUCUUAUAUAUGUACAGAGUGUGGGAAAGGAUUUGCACAACAAUGUGAUUUGCUACGUCAUCUAAGGACUCACACAGGAGAGAAACCUUAUAUAUGUUCAGAGUGUGGGAAAGAUUUUGCAACACAAGGUAAUCUACUACAUCAUCUAAGGAUUCACACAGGAGAGAAACCUCAUACUUGUACAGAGUGUGGGAAAGGAUUUGGAAAACAAGGUCAUUUGCUACAUCAUCUAAGAACUCACACAGGGGAGAAACCUUAUACAUGUACAGAGUGUGGAAAAGGUUUUACAGUACAGUCUAAUUUAUUACGUCAUCUAAGGACACACACAGGAGAGAAACCUUAUACAUGUACAGAUUGUGGGAGAAGAUUUGCAAACAAUGGAAAUCUCCUAACUCACCAAAAGAUUCACAUAAGAAAAGGAUUACAAAGAAAUAAAAAUAUACUAGGUUUAUAAAAAAAAAAAUAGUGUUGAUUUGCAGGCAGCUAGAGUCAGAUGGCAAACAAAAGUUAUAAUAUAAACUUGACUGCAUUGUUUAGAAAAUUUGCAGAAAAUGAACAAAACUAAUGAUAUUGACUGUUUGUUGAAUGCCCAUUUCAUAAUGUAUCACUGGUCUGCUGGAUGUAAAUCCUGCACUGUAUGCUUAGAUAUUGAUAUGAAUAAAAACACAUUGUACAAUGAUUUAUUUCCUCUAAUGAAACAAACCUAUUUCAAUUUUCAUUUCAUAUCAUGCCUCGUUUAAUUUUG